CGACUCUUGGAAGUGUAAAGGUUGCGGCCAAUCCACCUUGUCAAUCUACACGGCUCACUAUUUCGGUACCUUGAAAUAUAAUUGAUUGUCGACAAUGGCUACAAAAACAGGCCCUGCUCGCGCCCCAGCGAAGCCGCCUGCUGGUCUUCCGAACCAAACAUUAUAUUGUACCAACCUCCCAGACAAGCUUCGAAAAUAUGACCUCCGACUCGCCCUUUAUACACUUUUUUCCACAUAUGGCACCGUUCUCGACAUUGUGGCCAUGAAAACCGAAAAGAUGCGCGGCCAAGCCCACGUUGUUUUCAAAGAUAUCCAAGCAAGUACACAGGCAAUGCGUGCACUUCAAGGAUUCGAGUUUUUUGGGAAGCCAAUGAAAAUUGUCUACGCUAAGGGCAGUUCAGACGUUAUUGCCAGGCUUCGCGGAACUUAUGUCGCUCCUGCAACAGCUCCUGGUCAACUUCCGACUGUGUCAACGGAUCUUCAAAAAUCGAUUUUUAGCGGACCCCCUGGGGCAACCGCUUUGCCUCCAAAGCCUUCUGGUGAGCCCAACGGGACUGCUCAAGGAGUGAAGCGGCCACGCGAAGAUGAGAGUGAUGAAGGCGAAGCGCCGAUGGAUGAGGAAAGUGAUGUUCCAAUGGAGGCCUCCUCAGACGAGGAUUAG